AUGUUCGGCUCACCCGACGACACGAGCAUCCUCAGUCACGACAGCGACUCGUUCCUCCCCACCAUCUCCGACAGCGACCUGGUCCGCGAUGCCAAACAUGUUCACUGGCAGCAUCCCCCCUUUCUCCCCGACACCGCUCAAACGUAUCCGCACCUGCACAGCAUGGAUAGCCUGAUCGAGCCCGAUGGGUCGUCUUCGAAAGCUGGCAAGGGGUUGGGCGGUGUGAAGGCCAAGAUGAAGGCUGUUGUGAGGCUUUUGUCAGGAUCGAAGCAGCAGCCCAAUGCAGCGGCGGCUGUGAGCGCCAAAGGAUUGCCGAUUGCGGGUCAGACAUUGCAGCCGAUCUACAUCAAGACUACGCCUCAAGUAGGGCACGAACCGCAGCGUGUCACUCGUGUCGACACGCCUCGACCCGACCGAAACUUCGGUGCGAUCACCGACAGCGACGAUCCAGCUGUGAUCGGUAGCAUACGUGAGCAUCUCGCCUCGCAGCAUGAGCCGCAGGUUCAUCCUCCACCGCCUCCACCUUCGACGCAGCUCGACCCGCAGGCGGCGAUCACGAUCCCACCCACAGCCGUGACAGCCAAAAAGAGGAUCCCAAACGCUCACGAGAUCGGUCUGGGCUUUCCGGAAGAGCCUCGCAAACGGUCGAGUCCCGAACAAGCUGUUGCUCCUGGCGCACGCGUCGCAAGUCGUCCUCUCCCUCCCACACCCGCUCUUCAGGCUCAAUCAACCUCGCUCGUCCCUCAACAGCCGCUUGCACACGAGCACAUCCCGCAACUUGGGAUGUCACACCUCAACUACGGCGCAACGGUCCAUCAGACUGAGCAGCCAACGCAUGUCGACUCCGCCUCGCGCCUGACCAAAUUCCCCUCGCUUCGUCGGGUCAAUGGUACCAUCAACCCUGUUCGGCUCGCAGAAGAACUCGAGACCCUCUCCACGCUCUCCUCCUCGCGUCGAUCGCGCAAGCCUUCGUCCUAUCGCAAGCCACCACCCUCUUCCAGCGCCUCGGUGGAGCUGGAUAGCAGUCAAGAGGCGGUGUGUCACUGGCGACCCUCCCUAUCGCCUCCUCUCCCUUCUGCUCGGCUCAAUGGCGCGGCAGCGUACACCUCACAUGGUGUGAAACCGCCUUCGCUGGAAAACAGCGAGGACGAGUCCAUCCGUCGAAUUCAGGAUUGGCGCGUGCACAUCAAGCAAGCCCCCUCGGUGCUGUCCAAGGCUGCAUCGGCGCACUCACGGUUCGAGGGGGACGAGGUUAGUUCGCAUUUGACGUCCGUCUCUCGGAGCCCGCUGAGCAAAGGUGAGAAGACAUCCUCUGUCAGUCCUUCGCGCUUUGCGCAGGUGCUGGAUGAAGUCUCAGCCCAAUACAGGGGCUCGCGUAGUCCGCUGUCCAAGGAGGAGAACGAAACGCCGACGAUGAAGGCGAAGCGGGUGGUGGGUAAAGCAGCUGCAGCGUCAUUCCAUGGCUCGCCGAGGGGAGUGAGGACGGUAUCGGGAACGAGCCACAUCGCGCGCCUUUCAGACGACCAAUUCGACCGCCUUGCACGGGUGGCUGAAGGCCCACCUCCACCACCACCCACACCCAUCCCCAAAGAAACCACGCUGCGUCCAGCUGAGGAGGAAGAGAGAAGGACCUCGCUCGAUAGCACCCACCCAACCACGCUGUCGACACUCGAACACAAAGCGGCCAAACACAUCGACACGCUCGAUGGGAUGAUCCGCAAGCAUCCGGAGAAGAUGUGGCGGAUCCUCGGCGAACGACCGGGGUUGAUGCUGGUCGUGUUGUUGCGGUGCAAAGUGGAAGAACGACUGGAAGAGAGACGGAGCGAGGUGGGAGUGGGGAGUCUGGUCGAUCUGACAACGAAACAUGGUCGGGAAGAGAGGGAGAACGAUGGUGUGAGGGCGAUCGAGGAGUCUCUGGUGGGGUUGAAUUUUGGGGUGAUGCAGCCGACCAAGACCGACAAGGUGCCGAGCAUUGUGGUCUCCCGACCAAGCAGCAAGUCGGACAGUCAAGCUCCACCUUCCUCGGCCAGCACGGCGAUUGUUGUCGCGCCUACUCCAGCACAAGGACAAGGGGAGGACAAAGUCGACUCCCGCGGCAACGCAGCAUUGGAGUCGAUGGUGAAGAGGCUCGAGCAGGCCGGCGAGCUAUGCACCGUUCAACAAACGCUCCUCACGCUGCAGGACAAGCUGAUGAGCGCCGACUCGGAGUACCAUCGCCUGAGGGACCGGUUGAGCGUCCUCGAGCAGGCCGUGUUCUCUCCCAACUCGCCAAACACCACCACCUCUUCGCUUCAUGUGCCACUUUGA